AUGCCGCCGUCUACAGUCUUCUCAUACUGGCGCCGCGACCACAGGCGUUCACUCAUAUCACCCGCCUUGCCAGCAGGCUCACCGUCUUCCAAAGGGACAGGGCCAAAUAAUGGAAGCCCGAUCAGCAGUCCUCCCCAGCUCCCGCAAAUUCCAGAUACCCCGACCCUCACCACGCCCUUCGGUCACCCCUCGCAGGAUGCCCCUCCCCUGAUCGAAUCGCCGCUGGACAUCGAUACAUCCAAGCUAAACAUCACCUCAUCAGCCGCGCCGCUCUCUUCCUCCCUCACACUUGCCGUUCCCUCGCCGUCAUACGAUAGCCAGAACCGCCCUCAUUCGAGCCCCGGGGAAUGGGAAGACGAAACUUUCACAUCGCAGGCGAAUGAUUCCCAAGUCUCUGUUUCGGGUCUGCGCUCUGAUCAAGGGGAUGGGGAGUCGAAUUUCAAAUCAAACUCGCCUUUCCGUCGGUCUUUUGGAAAGCAGAAACGUUCGCCUACUGCUGGUCCGGGGUCUGGCCAUUUUCGUUUCAGGGCGUCGCCUGACAACUCGCCUGCAGAUAAACAAAACAUGCCGCAGAAGGAAUUUAAGUUGGAGAGCGCGGCUGUUCGCCGUGUUGGGGAUCGGGAUGUGUCUGCGGAAAAUGCCAGUACGCAUCACAAGUCUGGCAAGGCGAUGCUUCAUCUUUUGAAUCCUAUGUCUCUUCUUGCGCGUCGGCGCUCGUCGCAGAUCGUUAGUUCCAAGACUGAGGAACCGAAGCUCAAUAAUCGGCACGUGCCUGCCAUGCCGGAUGACUAUGAUCCUCGAAUUCGUGGGAAUAUAGUUCAUGAUUUCUCUGCUCCAAGACCUCGCAAGAAUGUCUCUGCGCAGCAGGAUGGGCAGGAACCGCCUCCUUCUCAGAUUCCGGGUCAACCUAAAGGUGGUCGCUGGAAUGAUCAGACGAAACGGCACAGUGAUCAUUCACCUGUUUUUAAGGAGCAUUUUGAGGAUCAGAAUGUGUUACAGGUUGAGAAUAAGGGAUAUCUUCAGUCUUCGCUAUUGACGAACCAAUCUCAGCCUGGAUAUGAAAAGUCAUUACCGGCUUUUGCGAGGAACUUGCCAUCUCAUUUGCCUGAAGAAGUCAAUGAACCUGAGGAACAGCAGCCUGAACCAGAGUCCCCGGCUCCUCUUCGAAAUCCACCAAAAGCACUUUCUCCCAAGGAAUACCAAUAUCAAGGAACAGCCGACGAAGACACGAUUCCCCAUGUACCAUUCAACCCGUCUGGUCUACCAAGACAUCUCAAGAGCAAUGCUUCCCGGUUCAGCUUUGACAUGAGCGGAGUAGAAUCCUCCGUGCAAGAAAAGCUGCUGGAAGAAAAGCAUAAAGCAAAAGAAGCUGCUCGCAAGGUUGAAGAUGGUUACUUUGAUGACUUCGAUGAUGACUUUGAUAAUGACAUGAUGGACGACAUGGAUGGUCUGGAAGAGAAGAUCCCGGGUGUCAAUGUCGAUGCUGACGAUGACGAUUUCGAUGACCUUUCUCUUUCCCGCAAUAUCAACGGAGAGCUCAAGUCUUGGGCUAUUCCUGGGUUGUCGCCUGUCGUGGCUAGCCCCAUUACUCCUGCGCCGCCUGGUGUUACGGGUAACUCUGGUUAUAUUUCUGGCCAGUAUGAGGUUCCGCCGGUUGAUGCUCAGUAUACUCAAGAUCAGACCCAGGAGCAACCGCUUCCUGUGGCUAGCAGUGAUGCUCCGCUUGCGAAUCCUCAGGUUCCGGCAGCCAAUACUCAACAGCCGCUGGGGCUCGAUGAGGAUGAUCUUUACUUUGACGACGGUGAAUUUGGAGAUCUCAAUAACGACGACCAAGAUGGGGGAUUUGAUGAAUCUAUAUUUGAUGAUGAGACCAGUCACCUAUACGAGAGGAAGCCUGUGGCACCUCUUGCGGCUAAUUCUCAAAUUCCCACCGCCAGCAAUCCACUACCGCCAAUCCUCGACGAGGAUGAUAUGUAUUUCGACGAUGGCGAAUUUGGAGAUCUUAAUAUCAACGACCAAGAUGGAGGUUUCGAUGAAUCAAUAUUCGAUGAUGAAACCAGUCAUCUAUACGAGCGAAAGCCUAAGGCACCGCCACCAGCGGAGACCACGGUGUCAGGGGAUGACUCUUCCCCGGUCAAAGAAAGCACUGGCACAGACACCGGAGAUCCCGGCCUCAGGCACAUGCCCAGUGUAGCAAGUGAUUAUCGCAAAGGCUCGAUCAAGCGUGGUCCUCUUGGAGAGCCAAUACCCAAUCUGGGUCCUGCUCGAGCCCAUGGUGGUGUACUGACCGAACUAAACUUGGAUAUUCUGCAUAAUGCCUUGGCUUUCGCGGCCAACGAAGCCGCACAGAACAGUCGUCUUGACCGAACAAUCAGCAUGAGUGAAAGAUCCCAGGGUCAAGACAGUAUAGCCCACACGGCACAAACAGUAGACUCACAACCGGGUCUGGUCUCUGACGACAGCCGUCUCAGCCAGGGAGCCGACCCCAUGGCAUUUGAGGACGUCUUCGACGACGAUACAAAUUACGACGAUAUGGACGACACAUAUUUCGACGACGCAAUCGUCGCAGCAGCCAACGCAGAAGCCCUAGAAAACGACGACGAGGGCUUCUAUGGCCAGGAAUUUGGCUUCUAUGCACAAGCAGAUAGCACUUGCAACACAGAGCUGACGAACGGAGGAUACUUCGGCCCACGACGCGUCGAAGGCGUCACCCGCAGCCAUAGCAGCCGCGGCAAAUUCCAAGAACCGAGUCUCACACCUAUCACUGAACGAAGUGAAUGGAGUACCCGCAACUCCAUGAUCUCGCUUAAGGCACACGGAGCAACAUCAAACCCAUCUCUCGCGAGUCCAGGCUUGGCACAGCUCGUCGAUAUGGGAAAUAUCGACGACGAGCUCUCUCUGAGCGCGCUUAUGAAACUAAGACGCGGCGCUUGGGGGGGAAGCAAUGGUAGUCUGCGAAGCAGUGCUGGCAGUCCACCACCGCAGCAUCCGAUUUCGUCUUCGAACCGGGCCAGUUUCACUGGUGCCUCCGAAGCUAGUCCGAUCCCGUUCAGUCCUGAUGAGGGUCCUCCCAGUGCUGUUGGCUAUUUCCAUGACGAUGGUCAGGUCCGUACUGCUUCACCGCUGGCUCUGUCCGAUGGACCUGCCGAUCUCCCCGUCAGCGAGUUCACCGGACGAGCAGCGUUCGCCGAUGACGCGGACGAGUCUCGUAUCAGCGGUGCUUUGUGA